AGGGGGCGGUCGCUACGAGGCGGGUGCGGAGCGGGCGGAAGAGGCGUCUGUGCGGGCGGUGAGGUCGCAGAGGAGCAUCGUGGGGUGCGCUGGACUCCCUCGUGGGUAGAUGUGUGGCUGCAGUAGUGACCAUGCUCGGGAGAAAGGAGUAUUGGAGAUCAACGACUAUCAUCUGUUCUACAAGAUGAGUAACAGCCACCCUCUUCGCCCCUUUACUGCAGUGGGGGAAAUUGAUCAUGUGCACAUUUUGUCUGAACAUAUUGGUGCCUUGUUGAUUGGGGAAGAAUAUGGCGACGUCACAUUUGUUGUGGAAAAGAAACGUUUUCCUGCCCACAGGGUAAUUUUAGCAGCAAGGUGCCAGUAUUUUCGAGCAUUACUAUAUGGUGGAAUGCGAGAAUCUCAGCCUGAAGCUGAAAUUCCUCUCCAAGACACCACUGCAGAAGCAUUCACAAUGCUACUUAAAUACAUCUAUACUGGGCGGGCGACGCUGACAGAUGAGAAGGAGGAGGUGCUGCUGGACUUUUUGAGCCUGGCUCAUAAAUACGGAUUUCCAGAGCUGGAGGAUUCUACCUCUGAGUACCUCUGCACCAUACUUAACAUUCAGAAUGUCUGUAUGACUUUUGAUGUUGCCAGUCUCUACUCCCUUCCCAAGUUAACUUCCAUGUGCUGCAUGUUUAUGGACAGAAAUGCUCAGGAGGUGCUCUCAAGCGAAGGCUUCCUCUCCCUUUCUAAGACAGCACUUUUAAACAUCGUAUUAAGAGAUUCAUUUGCAGCUCCCGAAAAAGAUAUUUUCCUAGCCUUGUUAAACUGGUGUAAGCAUAAUUCAAAGGAGAAUCAUGCUGAAAUCAUGCAGGCUGUCCGUUUGCCUCUGAUGAGCCUCACUGAACUUCUGAAUGUCGUGAGGCCUUCGGGACUGUUGUCUCCUGAUGCCAUUCUGGAUGCUAUUAAAGUUCGAUCAGAGAGCCGGGACAUGGACCUCAAUUAUAGAGGCAUGCUCAUACCAGAAGAAAACAUUGCAACUAUGAAAUAUGGCGCCCAGGUGGUAAAAGGGGAGCUGAAGUCUGCCUUAUUAGAUGGUGACACUCAAAAUUAUGAUUUGGAUCAUGGAUUUUCUAGGCACCCAAUUGAUGAUGACUGCCGUUCUGGCAUCGAGAUUAAGCUAGGUCAGCCAUCCAUUAUCAAUCAUAUACGGAUACUCCUGUGGGACCGAGAUAGCCGGUCUUAUUCAUACUUCAUCGAAGUCUCAAUGGAUGAACUUGAUUGGAUCAGAGUUAUUGAUCAUUCGCAAUAUCUGUGUCGUUCUUGGCAAAAGUUGUAUUUUCCAGCCCGUGUCUGCAGGUAUAUUCGAAUAGUUGGGACUCACAACACAGUGAAUAAGAUUUUUCACAUUGUGGCUUUUGAAUGUAUGUUUACAAACAAAACCUUCACUCUGGAGAAGGGGCUAUUAGUUCCCAUGGAGAACGUUGCAACAAUUGCUGAUUGUGCCAGUGUGAUUGAAGGAGUCAGUCGGAGCCGAAAUGCCUUGCUGAAUGGGGACACUAAGAACUAUGAUUGGGAUUCUGGCUAUACAUGUCAUCAGCUAGGAAGUGGUGCAAUUGUGGUUCAGCUGGCACAGCCAUACAUGAUUGGGUCAAUACGGUUAUUACUGUGGGACUGUGACGAUCGGAGCUAUAGCUACUACGUCGAGGUUUCCACCAACCAGCAGCAGUGGACCAUGGUAGCCGACAGAACUAAAGUCACCUGCAAGUCCUGGCAAUCAGUAACUUUUGAAAGACGGCCGGCCUCCUUCAUUCGAAUCGUUGGAACACACAACACAGCAAAUGAGGUGUUCCACUGCGUCCACUUUGAGUGUCCUGAGCAGCAGAGCAACCAGAAGGAGGAAAACAGCGAGGAAUCGGGGGCGGGGGACACUAGCCCGGCCAGUCAGCAGCUCGACCCCCACGCCCUGCAGGCCCCCAGCGGCAACUCGCGGCACUCCAGCCCAGGCUCCAGCUCAUACUCAGCCAACCGGCAGCACCAAUGAAGGAGGCGCACGUGUGGAGGGACUCGGCUGGGCCCAGGUGGCACAGGAGCCGUGUCCUCCCCAAGCAGGGAUCCCUGUGGACGCCUCCCCCCGCCACCCCCGCCCCACGAGGAACAGACCUGGCUGCAGAAACACACAGGACAGGUUUCCUCCCAAGGACACAAAGGGGCUGCUUUGUUCUCCUCAGUUUGUUCAAAUCAGGCUGGUCUCCAGGGGGAGAAAGUGGGUCUUCAAUCUUCAUCAAGUCCACUAACACCCUACCUCUCUAAUCUAACCCCGCAAAGACCACAGAAGGAAGUAACAGGCCUGAGUCGGAAUACAAAGAUGGCACAUGAACACAGGAAUGGAAGAGAAUGUAUUAGGCCUUCAUUACUUGGAGGCACCCUGUAGGAAAUGGGUUUCCUUAGAGUGUUUACUUUUAUGGAACACAUUGCCCUGGCAACUAAAUGAUUUUUUAUUUCUUUUAGUUAUUCUCCAUUUGCUGAAUCAUAGGUGUUCCAGAUCUUUAUGAAAGGUUCAAACAGCAAAUCACUGGUUUUAAUCCCUUUUGACGCUGUAAUUUUCCUUCCUUAGUUGUGAACGGUUGGGCGUGGGGUGGAGCUGAGAACUAUCUUGCACGUCUCCUAAAUGAGGGUCAGAUGCAGCUCAUCAUGGCACCUGGUCUGACAAGGAGAAUCCUUUGAGGAAGAUCAACAAAAUACACAAGGAGCAAAUUAAUCUGUGGACACUGGAGUUAAUAAUCACUCGAAUUGCCAAGUUAUUAACCUGUCAUUCCUGAAACGUAUCCAGCCUUUAAGCUUGGGAGGCUGACAAGGAAACAGUGAUUAUGCCACCAGCUAAUUUAAUGUUCAGAAGUACGUAUGAGCGUAUACCAACUUCC